AUGAGGUUUGGCAGGAGUAAUCAGUAUAGUCUUUACAGCCUCCUGCUUGACUUCCACCCUGAGCUGAAGGAGCUGAAUGAUGGUGAAGGAUACAAAGACUGUCAGGUUGUGUUCAUCUUUGAUGGUUUGGAUGAGAGUCGGAUGACUCUGGACCUGGAGCAGAAAAUUUCCUGUGAGUUCACACUGGACCCAAACACGGCACACAGAGAACUCCUUCUGUCUGAGGGGAACAGGAAGGUGACGGGGGUGAAGAAGGCGCAGCCGUAUCCUGACCACCUAGACAGAUUUACUGGCUGUGCCCAGGUGCUGAGCAGAGAGCCUCUGCCUGGACGCUGCUACUGGGAGUGCUGCAGGAGAGUAGGAGUGUAUGUGGACCGUGAGGUCGGCACUCUGUCCUUCUACAGGGUCUCCUCUGAUACUCUCACACACCUGCACACCUUCACCACCACAUUCACUAUACAUCUGCAUACUCGUGAGUUCACACUGGACCCCAACACAGUGAACAGAUAUCUCCGUCUGUCUGAGGGGAACAGGAAGGUGACACAUGCCGGGGAGAAGCAGCCGUAUCCUGACCACCCUGACAGAUUUACGGGCAACUUCUUUGCUGGAUUGAUCACCUGUCCCCAGGUGCUGAGCAGAGAGCCUCUGCCUGGACGCUGCUACUGGGAGUGGGAGUGGAGUGGGAGGGGCGUGUAUGUGGGAGUGGCCUAUACAACCAUGAGCAGGAGGGAAUUUAUCGGCUACUCUGCCAAGGCCUGGUGUCUGUACUGUUGCAGUGACCAAUACGAAGCCUACCACAAUUCCAACAGGACUGUCCCACCUGUCACCCCCGCAGACUCCAGGAGAGUAGGAGUGUAUGUGGACCGUGAGGUCGGCACUCUGUCCUUCUACAGGGUCUCCUCUGAUACUCUCACACACCUGCACACCUUCACCAGCACAUUCACUAGUGAGCCCCUACAUGCAGCAAUUUAUGUUUAUCCUGACUCAUCAGUGUCUCUGAUCUAGAUCACAUGACACACACACACACACACACACACAUACAUACACACACA